CAUUUGUCAGUAUUUGAUUUCGGAAAUAGGCUUAUCGUAAUUUUUAUAAUAUGGACGAAAUUGAAAAGGAAAAAAUAGCCGCAUUGCCUUCACAAUUGCUAGUCACAACAAUAUGCCACCCCAUAGAAUAUGCAAAAGUACUUAUUCAACUGGGAUACGAGCCUCUAGCGCCGCGGCGAUCUACAACUUUGUUCGGUCGCCCUGCUAUGAUAUUACCUAACGUCUUUCAAUACAUAAAAUACAUCAAGAAGUCGGAUGGAUUCUUUGGAUGCUACAGAGGUUUAUCUGCUAAAGUACUCGGUCUCAUCGCGUCCAGCCAGCUUACUUCAAAGGUAAUCUAUGCCUGCGGCAUCGACCUGCCCGAAAUCAAUGACCCUCCUAACAUCGUCACUGACGAGGAACCAAAAAUCGAAGAUUAUUACAAGCUCUGUCGUCGAGAUAUGGUCAUGCACACUGCGUCAGUGAUAGUAUCUUAUCCUUUCCAUGUCGUUUCUGUUAGAAUGAUGGCAUCGUUUAUUGGUAAAGAGGAAGACUACUGUUCUUUAUUUGGCACCAUUGCAGCCAUUUACCGGGACGACGGUAUACUUGGCUUUUUGCAUGGUAUUAUUCCUAAACUGUUGGGAGAUUUAACAUGUGUGGCGGUAACAGGUAUUUUGGCUUACUAUGUGAACAAAUAUUUGGUGAAAACGAAAGAUUUACGGUACUACACUGUACCAUUGCUCACAUUUGUUACAAGUACUGUAACCUAUCCACUUGUGGUUGUGUCCACCUGCAUGGCUGUUGCUGGUAGCAGCCUUAAAGCGGGCAACCCUCCCCUGAUGCCCGUCUAUCCCUCUUGGCAAUCCUGCUGGAGAGACCUUCUUAGGAACAAGCAACAUAAACGUGGCUCAUCACUUAUCUUUAGGUACUAUAUAGCUCCAAUUGCAGCUAUGCAAUAAAACCUCAUCCUUAAUGUACUAUUGCAUUUAUCCAUUUGCGUUUAUUUGCUAAGUGUUAUUCCACAUUCACCAAAGUAGAGAUUUUUAACCUUCUGUAGAGACUAAAUGUGUAAAAUGAUUACUGUAAAUAAUUUAGUAUAAAUGGUGUAUCAUGUGGAUUCGUUUUGCUAGAUUGUUGAGAACAGGUGUGGUUAUAUUUAAUAAAUAUAUUUUGUUUGACA